AUGAGGUAUUCACCCCCUUGUUCUCCUCACCAGCCCCCGUUCCCCUCCCUCGCCUACUCCAAUCGCCCUGAUCUGGAUCGGGGUGUUACAACCUGCGGCGGCGGAGUAGGUAGGAUGCCGAAGCGAGCGGCCUCCCGAGCGCCGAUCCGCUGCCGUCGACGGAAGCGUCCGAGAUUACCUCACGAUCCGUCUCGCCCCGCGUUCGAGGCGCAGAUCCGAUCUCGGGGAAUCAAGCGAAAGAGCGAUGUGGUUGAAGCUUGCUCCUCAACCGCUCAGACGAACACUUGUUGGGGAUCAAAGCGCGUGCGCACCGCCCUCAGUUCUACUACUACGCCUGCGCUCUCCGUCCGCUCCCUAACCCCCUACCCCAAGUGGUGGUGGCGGAGCUUACAUCUGCUGUUAUUAUUCUCCAGUCCAAAGGCGCUUUCCGGCCUUGACAGGCGCGUCCAUCUAGCAGUUGAUUUUGGUCGAGAUUACUGUUGGAAUCACACCCGUUUAUUCGGAUCUCAAUCUGAUUCAUUCAGUAGCUGGGGAAGGAGGGACUGGCCGAACAUUGGCGGGGACGGGCCGGCCGGCCUGAUUGCGGAGCUCGUCCUCGCCAACGACGUGGCCGACUACAUCCGCUUCCGCGCUGUGUGCCCGCCGUGGCGCCGGUCCUCGCUGGACCCACGCUUGGUAGGUGGCCUGGAUGGCCGCUUUCUCCCCCGGCGUUGGAUCAUGCUUGACAAGGCCAUCGCUACCAGUCCCUGCUGUUACGGGCUGUUCAAUAUCUCCACCGGUGAGUGCAUUAAGACGGACCUCCCGGAGCUUGCGGAGCACAAGUUGCUCGCGCUCAUCCCCGAGGGUCUCCUCCUGCUGCUCCACGAGCCCCACCCUCCUUGCCCGUCUUCUUAA